GAUGUGUUGUUAACUUCUUUGGGUUUUCUUAGGGAAUGAAUACACAGAGACUCUUGAAUCUUAGAAAAAGGUGCCAUAGACUUACGCAGGAACCAUAGAGGCAACGAGCUAGGACUUGCCUAACGCGUAGUAAUUCCCGAGACAAGGCUGCUUCAAGUCUCGCGAGAUCUCUGACCUCUCAGAAUCUGAAAUCCCGCGGCAACCCCGGAAGACCAGCGCUCAUGCGCAGCAUGGGGCGUCAGAGCUGACGGCGCGCUCUUUAGUCCUGCUUAGCGUUUGAUUGAAAAAGAAUUUUCCUCUCUGGAAUGGAUGGGCUGUUUAGAACAAGAAAUAUGCUACUUCCUAGUUUGGCAGUUUGGUGUCAAAAACAGCAACGAUGUUGCAGGUUUUAUUGCAAUCUUCAAACCAAACGAAAGCAUGUAUCCCAGCAUUUUCAGUCUAUGAAUUUGCGAGAGGAAAGCAUGGUCUCCAAGGAGGGCAAACCUGUGGAAAUGACAUGUAAAAGUCAGAGACUGAUGUUACUAGGAGGCCUGAUUUGUCCUGCCAGCCCCGGUUGCUACCAUUAUAUGCCGUAUGCAGUCCGAGCAAUGGAGAAGCUGAUCAAGGUGAUAGACCAAGAAAUGCAGGCCAUUGGUGGUCAGAAAAUGAACAUGCCCACAUUGUGCUCAGCAAAGCUCUGGAGAGACAGUGGCAGGUGGGAGCUGAUGGGCAAGGAACUUUUGCGAAUGAAAGACCGACAUGGCCAGGAAUAUUGUCUAGGACCUACCCACGAAGAGGCCAUCACAGACCUCAUAGCUUCCCAAGGCUGCUUGUCCUACAAACAGCUUCCCCUCUUAUUAUAUCAGGUAACAAGAAAGUUUCGGGAUGAGCCAAAGCCACGCUUUGGAUUGCUGCGGGGUCGAGAAUUUUAUAUGAAGGAUAUGUACACCUUUGAUGCCUCGAAGGAAGCUGCCCUCCAAACCUAUGAAUGUGUGAGCAACGCUUACAGCAAUAUAUUCAACAACUUAGGCCUUCAGUUUAUAAAGGUUCAAGCUGCUACAGGAAGCAUCGGAGGAACAAUGUCUCAUGAAUUCCAACUCCCUGCUGAGGUUGGUGAGGACCAACUGAUGAUGUGUGCAAACUGUGACUUUUCAGCCAAUGUUGAAACAAUGAACUCCAAUGAAAUGGGUUGUCCGGUUUGCAAAGGAAAACUAAUCGAAAGCAAAGGGAUUGAAGUUGGCCAUACCUUUUUCUUGGGCACCAAAUACUCUUCUGUUUUUAAUGCAACUGUCCACACUGCUCAAAAUAAGCCUGUUUUAGCUGAAAUGGGCUGCUAUGGAUUGGGGGUGUCACGGAUCCUUGCAGCCUCCAUCGAGGUGCUUUCUACAGAGGAUGCUAUCCGUUGGCCAGACCUCAUUGCACCUUAUCAGGUCUGCCUUAUUCCUCCAAAGAAAGGUAGCAAUGAGGAGAAAGGAGCAAUACUCUUGGAAGAAUUAUAUGAUUUUAUUUCUGAAACAGUCCCUCGGCUUAAAAAUGAGAUGGUGCUGGAUGAUCGGACUCGGCUCACCAUUGGCAAAAGGUUAAAAGAUGCUAAUAAACUUGGAUACCCCUAUGUUAUAAUAGGUGGUAAGAAGGUUUUUGACAAACCUUCUUUAUUUGAACUACAUAAUCAAAACACAGGUGAAAUAUUAUUCCUCACCAAAGAGGCCAUUAUUGACUUGCUAAGUAAAGUACGAACUUUGUAAAUACUAGAUAUGUGACUUUUGAGUACUGGAGUUGUAACAUUUUCCUUUGUCAUAUUAAACACAUGAUCAUGGGAUAUUAUACCCUACCGCAAGGGAUUAAAAUGAAAUAAAUAUAGUGCUGCCUUCCAUCUCAAAGCAUCAUUUGGAUGGGCUGGUCCAUUGACUUCAAUGACAAGGACAGCUCCUACUGCAAAAGAUGAAUGUUUUAUUUCGAGGCUGGUCAUUUUUGAAAUUAAGCGGAUCUUUGGUUAACACAGUGUAAUAACAGCAUCCUACCAGGAAAGGAUGGUUUACUUUAAUUUGAUUUUUUUUAAAAAAUAAAGUAUUUGAAAGUUAAGCUUUCUUUGUGGAAGCAGCCCCAUUUUAUUAUCCAGCCAUCAUUAUUUAUACAAGUUUUGAAAACUAGGUAGAAAAGAUUAAAGAGCAUUUGUUUUUCUCAUAUUUCUCUUUAUUGUGCUGUCCUUCGGUUAAGUGCUGAAAUGGACUAAUCCUGUGUGAUCAUCUGCUAAGAGUGAGGUAGGGAGAAUAUAUUGAAUUUUGGCCACAUUUGUAUUCAGUUGCCUAUUAAUAGCGGGCCUUAAUUAACCAGAAACUGCCUGGAAUGAUUGAGAUGGACAUUGCCUAAUAUUAUAUGAAGUUGAUGUUCAUGGUGUGUAAAUAAAACACAUGUUGUUCCUUUAAGGUAUAUACCCUUGAACUGUACAUUGACUUAAAGCUGGUAUGUUUCAUGAUAUUGUUGAUCAUGAAAUAAAUUGCAAACAUCAAUCUGGGAGACCAGUCUUCUAGGUGAGCCAGUUGAAUCAACUCUUAGUUGAAAGCUUGGCAGUAUUACUAGGAAGUCUCUGUUGGUACUUAUUCUGUCUUUGAGAUCAUGUACUGUAAUAUCAGUAUUUGUAAGCAUAUUAUUAAAAUUCAUGCAAUUACUUGAA